ACAAACCCUAAUUCGUUCUCUUCCUGCGCCUUCGUCUACAGAAACCCUAAUGGCGAAAUCCUACACCUCCAUCACAAACCAGUUUCAUCACUGCGAUUUGGGUGAAACGCUCAAGAUUCACAAUGAUUGGGUUUUCCUUUUGUCUGGUUUGAUUUGAUGAGCACGCAACAAUUGAGAGGUUCGUCGGUAUUUGAUGUUCAAUCGAUCUUCAGUCAUCUUCGAUCUUCAUCUCGCAGAUACAAAUUUUAUUUCAUCGCCACAACGAGCCUCUCAAGACUCAUCCCUCCGUUUGUGAGUCCUGUUCACAAAUCGUAUUUGACUUCUUGGCCAUUCGAUUCUUGGUUUUCAUCUCUCAAAUCUUCUUCGCAAAUCGAGAAGGCUAAAUCUUGUACAAAAUGUUACAAAAUUGACACUUCCAGUAGCAAAGAAAGCGGAGUCAAAACCGAACUGAAUCGCACCUUGCACAUCCCUAAAAUCACUUCAGAUGAUAUCCUUGCAAUUAUUGCAAAUGUAACUCAUAUUGAAUCAUUAAUAGGGAAGCGAACUGCAACCAAAUGUCAACUUUCAGGUAAUGAACUAAAGGACAAUAAGGAUGCAAAUCAUUCCUUUACUGGUGAAAUUUUGGACUAUGUAAAGUAAAAUGUGAAAGUAAGAAGCGAUGUUAUUCACGAUAAUUUCUUAAGAACAAAAGAUAUGUCCAGUCGUACAACUCCCGAGAUUCUUGUGCUGUAUAUAUACUUCGUUGGAAGGUACAUGUCUCGAUCGGGCCUUUAAUAAGUGAACAUGUCAAAAUUGCCAGCUCUACUUAUCAUGCUUUCCUUUUUAAUGUUUUGCUAAGCAUAGGUCAAGAGAAGCUAACCCACAAUUAGUAGAUUAUCUCAUGUUAUUACUUGUCAGGGCAUGUUUGGGAUCCAUUUAAAAAAAAACAAAUGAAGAGACAUUUGGGGCACUUGGUUACACUUACUCCAUUAUUGCAGUGUAUGUAACUAAACAACUAUAUUUUGGAUAUUACUACUCAUCAACAUACAUGAUUUAUAACAAUUGUAGGUGUUAUUCGCAUGAAGGAUCUUCUUCAUUUUUCUAGAUAC